AUGGCGUAUCGAGCAGGGCCGUCGUACUCGGCCUCGAUCAAGGACCGGACAUCCGAGUUCCAUGCGGCGCUGAACAAGCAUGCGGCGGCGGUGCACCCGCCGCCUGGGCCGCAGCGUCCGACGACGGCGCAUUCUGAAUUCACCAAAAAAGCGCAGAGUGUCGCGCGCGAUCUCGGUGCGAUCACCGCAAAGCUCGAUCGCCUUUCGCAGUUGGCACGGAGAAAGUCGCUCUUUGACGACCGGCCGGUCGAGAUCUCCGAGCUGACCUAUAUCAUCAAGCACGACAUUGCGGGCUUGAAUCGGCAGCUGGCCGAGCUGCAGACGCUCACGACGCCGGGGCAGCGCGGUGCGCGCCAGAACCGCGCGGAAGAGCACCGCGGAAAUGUCGUCACAAUGCUCCAGACGAACCUUGCAAACGCCACGACGUCCUUCCAAGAGAUCCUCGAGGUGCGCACGCAAAAUAUGAAGGCGUCCAAGGACCGCUCCGAGCAGUUCUUAAGCAGCACUGCGCCGCCGAUGGGCGAGCAGCGCGCCAACUCGCCGCUGUACAACCUCGCGCGCAACGUGCCGCCCGCCGCGCCGAUGCAUACCCAGAGCCAGUCGGUGCUGCAAAAGCGGCCGUCUGCCGCGAGCGCCGUCGCGCGCGAGGAUGAGGCGAGCGCCGCUGAAAAGGGCUUCCUCGCGCUGAAUAUGAUGGAGCAGGGUGGCAUGCAGCAGCAGCAAAUGAUGCUGAACGAAUUUGAGGACCAGCAGUCCAACUACCUGCAGCAGCGCUCUACGGCGAUCGAGUCGAUCGAGUCGACCAUCUCUGAGCUCGGCCAAAUCUUUGGCCAGCUCGCGCACAUGGUCGCGCAGCAGGGCGAGACCGUCCAGCGCAUCGACGAUGACGUGAUGCAGGUGUCGGAUCAUGUCGAGGGCGCGCGUCGCGAGCUGCUCAAAUACUAUGCGAGCAUGUCCAAUAACCGCUGGCUCAUGCUGAAAAUCUUUGGCGUGCUCAUCGUCUUCUUCUUGCUCUUUAUCCUCAUCUCCAAUGAUCUGCCGCCCUUUAUCCCAAUGGGGCACCCUAUUCCUCCAAACAUAGAUCAUGCCGUAUCGGUGUCCUUGCCACACUGGCAGGAUAUCGUGGACUACGAAGAGGGUCGGCUGGGCGACAAGCUCCAGACGGGCUACCCCCGCUUCUUUAUCCAUCGGUCGAUCCAGAAGCUCGCCGCAGUGCUGCAGUGCAAGUUCGCACGCCCGGGCGAGCACUGCAUGCUCUUCCCCACGCCGCAGUACGCGUCGCAGUGCCGCGACUAUGUGCGUGCGAUGGAAGGCAAGCGCCUCGCCAGCGAGGGCACGCCGCUCAGCGCGCCGGUGCCGAUCCGCAUCGUGCGCUUCUGCGUGAUGGCAAACGACGCACAGGACGCCGGCGCACCGUCGUCGGUGCGCAACGCGGCCACGGCGGACGCACAGCGCCCGAUCCUCCUGUACAUUGUGCUCUACCCCGAGCAGCUCUUUCCACUCGCCAAGAGCUUCUGGCAGCACACGGGCGGCGGAAUCAGCAGCCGCCUCGCGGAAGAGUGCCUGCGCAUCCUUGCACACAACGACUCGCUCCUGGGCGACUGCGGAAAGCUCGUGCAUCCCCAAACGUCGGCGCGCCGCAGCAGCACGACGACCGCCGCCGGCGUGCCCGCGCGCGGCGGCGGAUUCGGGCGCAGCCGCUACCAGUCGCGCCAGGCGGACCUCACCGCGUCCGUGCAGUCCGACCCCGCAACGAGCUCGCUCAGCUCGUCGAUUCCGAGCAUCCUCGGCACGAACGAGCAGGCCGUGGACGACGAAGACGAGGAGCUCACGCUGGAGCACGCCGUCUUUGUCGAGGAGCGGUACGGCCGCAACCUGCCCUUUGCACAUGCGUCGCGCGCCAAGCUCGCGCUGCGCCGCCGCAUUGCCGGCACGCUCCUCGGCGACACGCUGCCAGAGGACGAGGAGCCGUCGAACCAAGUGAGCGCGCGCCAGGUCGGCGUGUCGGAGAAUGAUGUAUACCUCUUUGGGUGCGGCAUGGCGAGCAUUUUCCAUGCGCACCAGACCGUGAUGCUCGAGCGCGAGCUGGCGAACCAAGGCACGCCUUUUUCCCAGGAGGCGUGUGCGCACGCGCUGCGGACGAUGAAGGAUCCGUCCUUUGCCCAGGGCCCUUUUUCCAUCGGCAAGUCGGUGUGUUUCGGCUUCCCGUACACGGACACGCUCAAGAUUCUGCAAAAGUGGGGCCCCGGCUGCCACUUUUACGGGCACGGUACGGACGACGACCUCGACCGGUUCGAGGCGCUGCUCAAGUCGCCGCCGCCGGGUGAGCCGCCGGUCGUUGCGCUGUUUUGCGAGUUUCCCAGCAACCCGUUGCUGCGCUCGGCGGAUCUGCCGCGCAUCCGCCGCCUGGCCGACGCGUACAACUUCUCGGUGGUGAUCGACGAGACGGUCGGCAACUUUGUCAACGUCGAGGUGCUGCCGUACGCCGACAUGGUCGUCUCGAGUCUCACCAAGAUCUUUUCCGGCGACUGCAACGUGAUGGGCGGCUCGCUGGUGCUCAACCCCAACUCGCGCCGCGCCGACCACUUCCGCGCGGUGCUUGCGGCGAACUACCAAGACUCGCAGUGGCCCGAAGACUCGAUUUUCCUCGAGCGCAACUCGCGCGACUUUGUGUCGCGCAUUGCGGUGAUUGACCGCAACACCGAGGCGGUGGCCGACUUUUUGCACGGCCACCUCGCCACGCCGGAGAAAAAGACGAGUGUCCGUGCGUUGUUUUACCCCAAGUACGUUACGCGCGAGCACUACGAAGCCUGCCGCCGGAAGCAGCCCUACGGCGAGAGCAGCACCGUCUCAGCAGGCUACGGCGGCCUCUUUUCCGUGGAGCUCGCCUCGCUGGCCGCCGCAAAAGCAUUCUACGACGCACUAGCGUGCGCAAAAGGCCCGUCGCUGGGAACCAACUGCACGUUGGCUUGCCCCUAUACACUCCUGGCGCACUAUGGUGAGUUGGACUGGGCGCAGGAGGUGGGUGUGAGCCAGAACCUGGUGCGCGUGAGCGUCGGUCUGGAAGACACCGCGACGCUCCUCUCCAUCUUCCAGACGGCGCUCGAGGCGGCGGAGGCGGCAGACAAGCGUGCCUAG